AAUUGAUUUUAUCAGAUAACAAUUGCACUUAUCAAAUUGGAUAUGCAAUCACCUGCUCCGUCCCACAGAAGCAAAAUGAAGUCUCGAGCGAAAGAAGCCUUGCCUUGCCCGGUUACUUGGAUCCGUUUUACGCUCACCGCAGCUGUAAUUCUGCUCGAUAGUGCUCAGGGCCUGCUGUGUCGGCAGUGCUUCAGCCUGGUCAGCUGGGACGAUUGCGAGCGGGUGGCCCGGGACAAUCUGUGCACCACGGUGGGCGUCAACACGUCCAACCUGAACCUGCUGCACGAGAACCCGACGCUGGCGCUCGGUAACCUGAGCGAGUUCCGGUGCUACAAGUACCAGGCCCGGAUCAACCGGCACAACGACCGGGGUCUGGUUACGGGCUAUGGCCGCGGGUGCACCUUUGCCGUCGGGGACUUUUGCUCCGGCUGGAAACCGGCGGUCGCCGUGAAGCAGUGCGACGUGUGCGACGAUCGGGAUCUUUGCAACCGGGGUGGGGGAAGGGCCGGUCCGGAAGUGGUGGUAGUGCUGGGGGUUGCAGCAGUAAUGGCUGCCAUCGGGACAGGACGUUAUAAUUAAGGUCAAAUAAAGUCGUACUUGGACGGGUCCGGUGCAAGAAAGUGGAUAGUUUUGUCUUCUUUGUCCCCUGUUGCCUGGUUUGGUGAUAAAUUUAUCGCGCUCAAACACAGUUGAGAGAGAAAAGUUUUUUUUAAAUUAAUGACCCAGCAGAUGGCGCUCACCCGCGCAUUGGAGAAAAUCGAGGCCAGUGGGCUAAUCUUGAGCGAACCUAAUGAUGUGCGAAAAUAAAUUGCCGUCUGUUUAAUGCAUUAUGGAUAUUUUUGCCGUCGAUUGUGGAAAA